AUGCCUUGGUUCUGGUUCAAGAAAGCAAAGAAACCCGAGCUUACCAACGGCCAAAUAAUCAACACAGUCACUGUCGAAGUCACGCACGAAUACAAGAGGAGGGGCAUUGACAAAGCAACCCAAACAGAAGAGCACCUCCUUGAUCCAGCCCCUCAAGUAUACCGCCCGCUACGGUCGGCUUCCUUAGAUCCCCUCGUCCCAAGAAACAAAGGCCCUUCACCAAACGAACAAGGUCUCGCGAGAUCGACCACAGUCAAAAUCCCCAGUGGAGCCUCCGCAGAGGUACAGGAACAGCUCGAGCGACUCUCCACCUUCGAAGGCAAGGCAAGACGCGCAAUCAGUAGAGUAGGUAACCUACUAGAGCCAGCAAUCUCUAAGGUGUCCAAACGUCCCUCUAUUCCUUCCGUCAUCUUUGAAACAGAGGAGGAACUUGAGGAACUAGCGCAUCAGGUCCCAUCUAAAGAUCCAGCCAGGGUUUCCAGCUCAUUGAGCUUGCCAGAAUCAAGACAUCAGUUGCUAACAAGUGACAAAGGAGUUUGCAUUCUUGUAACAAUGUUCGCGUCAACAAAAAAAGAGCCAGACAAGUCUCAGAAGUGUCAAGGCUCUGGCAUGAAAGAACUUAAGAAAAUGCCAAGCAGAGUUGUCGUUGGGCCACCCUUGAAUUCCAAACCUCCAAACCUCGCUACACAAAACAAGAAAGACGUUGAGGCGGAGAGUGAAAGCGAAGACGAGAAAGAAGAAGGCAGUGGGCUUGGGCUUGUCUUCUACGAUCAUAAAGGAACCAAAAGUCGAAGCAAAGUCUACAAACUGGAUGACCAGGUCGUGACUGAGGCGAAGUCUCUGGUCGUAGCAAAUUCGCCAAGGGACUGCGCCACAUCAUCCAGAUCAUCACUCAAUUCACGCCGCAACACACCACGACCUUACGACCCUGACUUCGGUCUCCCUCCCGAUACUCUCAUCGAAAGACUUCUCGAGGAAAACUAUCGUGGCCAGGCUGAGACGUUCGCUCGCAUCUCCAGUCUUUCAUCUGUCCGGUCUCGAUCAAUCAGUUCUCGAUCAGUCGGUACUCGCUCCACAAGCUGUUCCAGCGGCGGUUCCUCAGCAGUCACCCAAAGUGCCACCUUCGAGACCCCAAGUCGACCACCACCAAGUUUUGCUGCUAUUCGGCGCAGUCAAUCACUUCGAAGUCCAUCCAAUCCUUCGCAUACGCUCUCUCGAAGCUUCAGUGGCACCAACAGGAUUGUCUUCGAACCGUAUCGUGACCAACCUAGUCCCACUCUCCACAAACACAGCGCUACCUUCAGUUUUGCGAAACCACCUCCCGCGUCACCUUCUACGUACGGUCAUCGCGUUUUCUCGGUACCUGAGAACGCUUCCCCUGGCCAAAUCAAGUCACGCAGUCGAUCUAUUUCAGUAGCAGCUCGCGGUCCGCUUUACUUCACGAAGGAAGAACGCCAAGCAAUUGCUGAGUUGGUUCUCGCAGGUCAGCCAACUCGACAUUGCCGACACCCAAACUGCACAGACUGCGCCGAUAUUGAGUACGCAUACCACGAGAAUAAAGCCAUGGCUACCUCUUUGCCUCCCGAAGACCGCCAGAAGAUUAUCAAUAACAAUCGUUCCCUGCGCAACAUCAAGAAUGAACUUGAGAGCCUCGCGGAGCACGGAGCCAUCAGCGAUGAGGUCUAUGACACUAUCAUGAGAUCUCUGCCCGCCGAAUCCCCACUCAACAGCUCUUCUCGCAGCAAUGCCGCUCCUGUCCCAACCAACGCCUUCAACAACAUGAGAGUCAAUGACCUUCCACCGCCCGCCUACAAUACCCCCACCCCUCCGUCUCUCCCCAACCGUACACCCAGCCAACCUCCUUCUAAGCCCGAGAUCGCACGAGCAACUGCUCUCUACCGCUACGCCGAGCCGGAGGACUGCACAUUCGAGGUUGGUGACCAAAUCUCUGUCUUCGAAUACAUGAACGCCGACUGGUGGUUGGGCAAGAAUCUGCGCACUGGAAAGGAAGGUGUUUUCCCGGUCAACUACGUCCAAGUCCAGCAAAACCCCGCCCCAUCUCCGGCUCAAGGUGUGUAUGGCAAUGAGAAGGCCAACGGUUAUGGAGGCUACCCUGGUCAGCAAUCUCAAGGACUUCCUCCCCCAAGCCCAAGCAAUCCGUACGAUAGCAGCGUUCCUCCUAUGGCUGUUGCAAACCAACCAACCGAUAACAAGCCACCUGGAAAGGGACAGGAGAUGGGUAAGAAGUUUGGCAAGAAGUUGGGCAAUGCUGCUAUCUUCGGUGCAGGUGCAACGAUUGGCGGUAAUAUUGUCAACUCCAUCUUCUGA